UGCUCUGAAGUCCGAGUUCAUCAACAAUCUCCGUGUUGAAGGCUACUGACUAAACAUGCUGCGCACUGUUUUCUCCAGAACUUUUCCACAAGUUUUCCGUAUUUCAACAUGUCAGCAUUCAACGAUUCCUGCACCGAACGUUCACCCAGACGUUCACUAUAACAAGAUUUUUAUCAACAAUGAAUGGCAUGAUGCGGUGAACAAGAAAACCUUUCCAACCAUCAAUCCUUCGACCGGUGAGGUGAUCUGCCACGUCGCAGAGGGAGAAAAGGCAGAUGUGGAAAAAGCUGUCAAAGCUGCCAAAGAUGCUUUCAAGUUUGGGUCUCCCUGGCGGCGCAUGGACGCGUCCCACCGCGGGCUGCUCUUGAGCCGAUUAGCAGACUGCAUAGAGAGAGACGCUGCCUAUUUAGCCGAACUAGAGACUCUCGACAAUGGAAAACCUUACGCAGUCUCCUACACCGUGGACGUGCCCAUGGUGGUCAAAUGCUUGAGGUAUUAUGCUGGCUGGGCAGACAAAUGGGAGGGCAAGACAAUUCCCAUUGAUGGUGACUACUUCUGCUACACCAGGCAUGAGCCCAUUGGAGUCUGUGGCCAAAUUAUCCCUUGGAACUUCCCGCUGCUGAUGCAGGCCUGGAAGCUCGGUCCUGCUCUGGCCACAGGAAACACAGUGGUGAUGAAGGUUGCAGAGCAGACUCCUCUCACAGCGCUCUAUGUGGCCAGUCUGAUCAAAGAGGUGGGUUUCCCUGCUGGCGUCGUCAACAUCGUCCCAGGAUUGGGUCCCACAGCUGGGGCAGCCAUCGCAUCUCACAUGGAUGUGGACAAAGUAGCUUUCACUGGCUCCACUGAGGUAGGUCACCUCAUCAUGAAAGCCUCAAGUACCAGUAAUCUGAAGAAGGUCACACUAGAGCUGGGAGGAAAGAGUCCAAACAUCAUUCUAUCAGAUGCCAAUAUGGAGGAGGCAGUGGAGCAGUCCCAUUUCGCCCUGUUCUUCAACCAAGGCCAGUGCUGUUGCGCAGGCUCUCGUACGUAUGUACAGGAGAGCAUCUACGAUGAGUUCAUUGAGCGAAGUGUAGAGAGAGCUAAGAAGAGGAUUGUGGGAGAUCCCUUUAACUUCAACACAGAGCAGGGGCCCCAGGUGGAUGAGGAGCAGUUCCAGAAGAUUCUUGGCUACAUCAGCAGUGGGAAGCGUGAGGGCGCUAAGCUCAUGUGCGGCGGCGGACCAGCAGCUGACCGCGGCUACUUCAUUCAGCCUACUAUCUUUGGCGACGUCAAAGAUGACAUGACAAUUGCUCGAGAGGAGAUCUUUGGACCCGUGAUGCAAAUUCUGAAGUUUAAAUCUUUAGAGGAAGUGAUCGAGAGAGCCAAUGACAGCAAAUACGGCCUUGCAGCUGCUGUAUUUACCAAAAACAUUGAUAAGGCCCAUUACAUAUCCAACGGUCUGCGCGCCGGCACAGUGUGGAUUAACUGUUAUGACGUGUUCGGAGUUCAGGCUCCAUUUGGAGGAUACAAGGCUUCAGGAAUUGGUCGUGAGUUAGGGGAGUACGGACUGGACAACUACACAGAGGUCAAAACGGUUACAAUUAAGGUCCCUCAGAAAAAUUCGUAAAUGGAUGCAUUCGCUUAAGGAAGCUGUUUCCGAAUUAUAAGAGCCAUGCCAGCCGUUACUAAAAUGUACUAUGAUUACUUUAAUUCUCGUGCAUUAAUGUGUUCGUUUCUACUGAAAAGAAAUACGCGUUUGUUCUGUCAAAUAAAUAAAGCUCUAGCUGUGAUGAUUAGUUAACCACAUGCUGAACUGUUAAUUUUAAAAAGAUGUUUGAUUAUGCACCAGACAAAAGGAGGGACAAUGUGUAUUGGGCUGACUUCAUUCUGUUUAAUUUGAGCAUUAUAUAGAGCACAUAAUAACUACAAUUAUUUACAUGCAUAUGCUGAUUUGUGAAAUAAAUGCUUCAGUUUUGGUUUUA